AUGGUCAUAAUGACUCUGUCAUGUCAGUCUGCUUUUCGCCUGAUAGAACAAAUUUAGUAUCUGGUAGUAGAGAUAACUCUAUCUGUUUCUGGGAUAUUUAAAUAGGAUAAUAAAAAGCCUAAUUAGAUGGUCAUAGUGAUAUGCUUUUCGCCAGAUAGCUCUACUUUAGCAUCUGGUAGUUCAGAUAACUCAAUACGUUUAUGGGAUAUUAAUACUAGAUAAUAAUUUUCAACUUUAAAUUAAAAACACAAAAAUCUUGCACAAUUCCAAAUACCCUUUAAUUUAAUCAAUACUUUUGAAAAAAGUAUUAUUUGUUAUUUUUUUUUUAGAUACCUUUAUUAAUAUUCUCUUGAUAUCUCAACAAGCAAUAUUUUAAGCAAAAGGAGCUUUAAUUUACAAAGGAAAAUUUGAGAAUUAAUCUGGCAUCGAUCUAAAAACAUUAUUAUAUUCAAAAAAGCUUAUUUUAUUUUAGGUUUUCAUUUUUAGAAGAAGUCUCUUCAAUCAUAUAAAGAUAGUUAUUGUUGGAUGUGUUAUUGUGAGACAAAAGUAUUUUGGAUAUUGA